AUGGCCAGUGAUCCCAAAGCUGAAGGAUUCGAAAUCACCGAAACUAUCGUUGUUGCUGCCGCCCGUGGUCGACUCGAUCUUGUCGCAGUGCUCCUCGAGCGCGGAGAAGAUCCAAACACUGUGAACGAUAUCGGAACCUCAGCCCUCCAUAGUGCGGCAAAAAGAAAUUACUGGGAUAUCGCCCGCCUUCUCCUCGAACAUCAUGCAAUUCCUGGGAUUCAGGAUGGCAACAACGAAACCCCACUCCAAUUCGCCGUACGGGCAGGCCACAAGCAGAUCGUAACCUUGCUUCUUGAAUGUGACCCGUCGAUAGGUGAUAAUAAAGACGCGGCGAAACAAAGGGAACUACAUAUCAAUCUACGUAUUGCCGCAUUACUGGGACAUACGGAAAUUGCCAAGCUUCUUCUAGAUCAAAAAGCUCCUACUCUUUCCGAGGCGAACUACGAAACAGCACUGCAUCUGGCUGCCAAAAAGGGCCACCACGACGUAUGCGACCUUCUCUUGAAGCAUGAUUUGAAUAUGGAUCGAUCUCUAUGGAGUCGAAUGACAGGGCCCAGCCUAGCCUUUGAUACAAAAGACUCCAAGGGAAACACACCCUUUUCAUAUGCGGUCCAGAAUGGGUUCGAGAAAACCGUCGCCGUAUUUUUACACAUCUACCCGAAGCUAGGCCAGGACUGUGAUCGAGAGAGAGAGCCACUAUUCCAUAAGGCAAUCACAUUGGGAAACAUUGAGGUCGCUCAAGUUUUCUUAAAACAUGGCACGGAUGUUGAAAUGAAAGGCCGGAAUGGAAAUCGGGCCCUUCAUCGAGCAAUUCAGGCCAUGGGUUUUAACGGAAGGUCGGUGGAAGCAACGAAAGAAAUGAUUCGAUUUCUAAUUGAGAGUGGUGCUUCGGCCAAUUCCAGAAACGCUGAUGGCUUGACCCCUGAUUGUAUGACUAAUGAUCCUAAGAUUCGGACUUUAUUGCGGAACUAUAUGAAAACGCAAUCGAAGAGUGAUUCAAUGAAGAUAGCAUCAAAAGCAUUAGCCCCACCACCUGAGUACAAAUCAUGA